CGCCGACUCAGGAAUAUGACGUAACGGUCUAUGACAUGUGGGUAGUUCCCUACACUGUACAGCAGGACGUAGCAAUAUUUAACACGUUGGGGUUUAAAAUUCACUUUCUAGGGUUUUAGAUUAUCUAAAAGAAUCAUGUCCUCGAGUGGUCGACGUCCUGAACACAUGGCCCCGCCUGAAGUGUACUACAACGAAGAGGAGGCCAAGAAAUACUCUCAAAAUUCUCGGAUGAUCGAGAUCCAGAGCCAGAUGUCCGAGAGAGCCGUGGAGCUGCUCAACCUACCCGAGGACCAGCCGUGCUACCUGCUAGAUGUCGGAUGUGGCUCAGGGCUCAGCGGAGACUUCCUGUCAGAGGAGGGGCACUUCUGGGUGGGCGUGGACAUCAGCACAGCCAUGUUGGAUGUAGCGCUGGAGAGAGAGGUGGAGGGAGACCUGUUGCUGGGGGACAUGGGCGAGGGGAUGCCCUUCAGACCGGGAACGUUCGACGGCUGCAUCAGUAUAUCGGCCCUGCAGUGGCUCUGCAACGCUGACAAGAAGACCCACAGCCCUCCCAGGAGGAUGUACACCUUCUUCAGCACCCUUUACUCCUCCCUGGCCAGAGGAGCCCGAGCUGUCUUCCAGCUCUAUCCUGAGAACUCUGAACAGCUGGAGCUGAUCACCUCCCAGGCCAUGAAGGCAGGCUUCAGCGGAGGCAUGGUGGUGGACUACCCCAACAGCUCCAAGGCCAAGAAGUUCUUCCUGUGUCUGUUUGCUGGCGUGUCCGGGGUCCUUCCCAAGGGUCUGGGCUCAGAGACGGUCGACAGAGGAGUCCCCAGUCAGGUCCAGUUCACAGGACAGAGAUCCCGCUUCAGAAACAUGAAGGGCAAGUCUGCCAAGAAAGGGAAAGACUGGAUCCUGGAGAAGAAGGAGAGGAGAAGAAGACAGGGAAGGGAGGUGCGUGCUGACACCAAGUACACAGGUCGCCAGAGGAGACCUCACUUCUGAAGGCGUGGUCACGUCUCUCCCCCCCCCCCCCCCCCCCCCCCCCCCCCCCCCCUCUCCCUGUGUGAUGGGGAGGAGGGCUGUCCUGCCUGGGGCUGCACAGUGCUGGACCCUCCUCUCAUACUGGACCAUGUUGGAUCUUUCUGACUGGAAAUGAACUGAUGAAGUGACUCCAGACCACAAGGUUCUCUGUUCAACCAGGCGGAAACCAGGCGGGAGGCCCACAGCUCUGAGAGAGCUUCUGUCUGAGAACUACAUCAUAUUCUCUCAAGUGGAGCAUUUUAGGCUGCAAAUCUUAUUUAAUCUCACUGUUGGAAGUUUCUUGUUUUAUAUAAAUGCCUGAAUAAGA